AUGUCUUUUGUCGCUAAGCGUCUUCUUUGCUCUUCGAGGGUUCUUCUCAACAAACCUGCGGCACAAGUGGUUCAGAACACCCCCACAAACUUGUAUUUAGAGCCUUCAAAAUGGAAAGGAUUACCAACUGAAAAAAUAUUCCAUCUGUUUAGAGAAAGGGUUGCAAAGCUUGGAUCAAGAUAUAGACCAUGCGAAGAGGAAUUAGACGCAUUAUUAUCCACAUCUGAAGAGACUGGAGUCCUAAAGCGCGAUAUUCAUAAAAUUUACUACAACGGUGAGAAAGGUGCAGUAGAUAUUAUUGGUGGAUCAUUAAAAGAUAAUUAUAGUCCCACUCCUUUUAUGUUUGACGAAUUGCCAUCACAGGCACAGGAUCUAGUAGCUCAACAUAGAGAACAGAGAUUUUACAACAGGUUAGCAGCUUAUGAACUUCCAUUGUUGGUACAAUACAGACAAGAAUAUAAAAGACCUUCUAGAGAGACGCACCCAGUGGAGUACAAGUUUACUACUUACAUUGGUGAAGAACACCCAAAUGCCCGUAAAGUUGUUUUCAAAGUUAAAGUUGGAGAUUUGGGACUCGAUGAAAGACAGAGGCAUAAAUUGUGCCUUUUAGCCAAAACUCGUUACGAUUCUACUACGGAUAUUUUCAAAAUGUCAAGUGAUAGGUACCCAGAGGCUUCACAAAAUUCCCGUUAUUUGAAUGAUGUUUUCCAAAGGUUACUAAAUGAAUCAAAAGAUAUGUCAGAUGAUUUUAGCGAUAUUCCACUGGAUACAAGACAUACUCAGGCCAAACAAUUACGCAAAAAGCAGCAUAAUUACGAGUUUCCUGAAGAAUGGAAACGUCCACAAGAUGCACCAAAACCUAAAUUCAGCUUCGUGCAAACUUUAUCUCAAAACCUGUAA